GAUUGAUGGAUGAAGGUUUGGGGAGGGGAGGAGGAUGCGGAAGGAAGGUUGUGGAAGGAGGGGGGGAAGGUGGAAGGGGAGGAGAAGGACAAGGAUGAGGAGAAGGAUGAGGAGGAGGAAGGGGAGGAGAAGGAAAGGGAGGAGGAGGAGGAGGAGGAGGAGGAGGAGGAGGAGGAGGAGGAGGAGGAGGAGGAGGAGGAUGAGGAGGAGGAGGAGGAGGAGGAAGGGAAGGAGAAGGAGAGGGAGGAGGAGGAGGUGGAAGGGGAGGAGAAGGAGAAGGUUGAGGAGGAGGAGGAAGGGGAGGAGAAGGAGAAGGUCGAGGUGGAGUCUGAGGGUUGAAAUAGGGAGCUGUACCCAUGCCGAUA